CCCUACAAAAUAGACGUGUUUAUUAUGUGACAGUAGGGUGGGUAAAACUUAUGAAAUAAACAUUCAUUUAUUUCUUACACCCACCCUAUGACAGAAAGACCCUUGUCCUAACUCUAGUAAUUAUGUACCUUCCUACCGUUGACUUAACAACGCUAACUUAAUUGAUAGCUUAGCUAACUAGAUGAUUGAAUAGCUGUAUCUCUGUGGAUGAACAAUCAAGUAUCUAUAAUUGUUAGUAGAAACAAGCGUCUGACUAGCGAAAGACUUUGCACGCUACGUUCAUUCUCAGGUUGUGCUUUCGAUAUUCGCCAUCUUAGAGCAAAUGACACCAACUAUGAGGGCACACCGAAGUUUUCCUGGAGGUACGGCAUCACUGCCCUGAAGGUGCGUAUAUAAAGAAGUAUUGCUGUUUGACGUUGGAUGGCCAUUCUUGCAACCAACUACUCGUCGUGUUCCUGAUUGUUGAAGAAUACGAACAUCAUGAGUUCGACAAAUGCAAACCGUGGUUCUCUCACUCCUGUCGACGACAAGGUCACCACAACAGUCUCUACGAGCAAUGAUGACGCGGAAUACGCUACGAACAGCGCGCCGACCAGCGUCUUACCUAAGUCUAGAUUUGCGCGGUGGUACAGGAGCACUUUGUUCAACGUCAUUAUUGUCGGUCUGAUCUCAUUCACUCAACCUGGGAUUUGGAAUGCAUUAUACAGUGUUGGUGCUGGCGGGCAACAGGAGCCAUACGUUGUGAAUGGCGCUAGCGCUCUUACUUUCGGACUCAUGGUUUUCGGUUGCUCGAUCUUCGGUGCUCUCACCAACAAAAUUGGGCUGAAACCCAUCCUCAUCAUGGGCACGCUAGGAUACGCACCGUAUUCGGCGGCUCUCUAUUGCAAUACCAAAUACGGAACUCAGUGGGCCAUAUUCCUGGGAGCUACCACUUGCGGUAUCGCUGCGUCUGCCUUGUGGGCGGCUGAAGGUGCUAUUGCAGUUGGCUACCCCACCGUCAAGGAACGUGGGUUGUAUACCGGCAUUUGGCUUGGCCUGCGUCAAUUCGGCCAGCUUAUCGGUGCUGCAAUUCAGCUUUCCAUCAAUCGAAAUGAGAGCAGCAAAGGAGCAGUAAAUAUCAGCACCUAUGUCGCUCUGAUUGCUAUUCAGUGCGUCGGUCUACCGCUGGCCUUGCUGAUCUCGCCUCCCAACAAGGCAAUCCGGUCCGAUGGAACUUUGGUACUCGCUUCGAUCCAGAAGAGUAACGUUCGUUUGGAGUUCAAAAGGCUCUGGCAUCUGCUUAAGCAGCCACAGAUCUACUUUCUGAUUCCGGUUCUGGUGACUUUUAUGUGGAAUAGCUCUUAUCAGGGCAUUUAUCUGACAAAAUACUUCUCGGUCCGUGCCCGAACUCUUUCGUCCUUGACGUCUGCUAUUGGCAUGAUAAUUGGUGACUUGCUAUGGGGCAAGUGGCUCGACUUGAGUCUAUUUGGCCGUCGCAAUACCGCAAAAUUUACGUGGAUGCUGUUUUCGGUCAUCAUGGUCGGCCUCUUUGGAUGGCAAAUAUCGAACGAAUAUCUGUAUGAGCGAGCCAGCCUUGCAGCUACCUUCGACUGGAAUUCACCUGGAUUCGGCCGCGCCUAUACUGUUAACCUGCUAUUCAGUUUGAUGAACGAGAGCCAUAACAUUUUCGUGUACUGGCUUCUGGGCACAUUUGAGAUGGAUUUCGAAAAUAUCACUCUGGCCGUUGGUCUCAUGAGGACCUUCGAGAGUCUGGGGUCAACGCUGUCGUUCGCUGUUGGCUCCGCGAGAAUCACGCCAAUGACCAACUUGAUCAUAUCUUUUGUGGUCUUUGCGAUUUCAAUUCCGACAACGAUGAGGGUCACGUGGUUGGUGCCUGGGAGUCCUAGUGAUAAAGGACCUACAAAAGCAAAUAUAUGA